UAAUAAUUAUAAAUGCUAUAUGAUAUUUCGGUACACCGUCAUCGUGUAAAUACCCAAGUUUCGCGACGCAUUAGAUAAAUAUUAAUAAAUUAAUAAUAGUUAUUAUUACCGAUAAUAUAAUAUUACUAUUAUUAUUCUCCGUUCGUUAUCGUUUCUAUCGGCUUCGCGUCGCUUUUCUCGUGUCAUAUCGGUUCGCGUCGACUCUGUCCGUCCCGGCCGACGGUAAAUAUAGUAAUAAUAAUAAUAAUAAUACUAACCGAUUAUUAAAUUAUUUUCGUGUAUACCACCGUGUACGAUUGUAGUUCUACAUCAAAUUCGUCAGUUCCACGGCGGUUUUUGUUCCCACUCAUCAACGGAGGUUUCCGGUACUGCUUUUCUGUCACUGUUGUUGCUGCUGCCCGGCGCUCGCUCAGUGUGUUUGUCGGCGUCCUGUUGGAGUUUGGUCCGAUUCAUUGCUACGCUGGUACCCGGCCGUCGUUUCGCCGCCAACAAUUAUUUUAUUUGGAUUUCUCGUGAAAUGGCUACGAUUAACUUGGAUUCCAUUUUACCAUGGCCGGAAUACUUUAGACAGGUCUUGAACAGCACGAGUAAACCAGCAUUUUUGAAACCCAUUGAUGGUCCAAAACCAGAAUUUAAUAAGGAGUUAAAUGAAAAAGUAUCUUUGUAUCAAGGUGAUCUAACAAAAUUAGCAAUAGACGUUAUUGUCAAUGCAGCCAAUUCUAAGUUAGCCGGUGGAGGAGGAGUUGAUGGCGCUAUUCAUAAAGCUGCUGGUCGAGAACUUCUGGAGGAAUGUGCUAAAUUAAAUGGUUGUAAAACAGGUUGUGCCAAAAUCACCAAAGGGUACAAACUCCCAGCAAAAUAUAUUAUACAUACAGUUGGACCAAAAGGAGAAAAUGCAGAAGAACUGCAAUCAGCUUAUCAAAACAGUUUGGAUUUAGCUGUUGAAAAGAAGUUAAGAACAAUUGCAUUUCCAUGUAUUUCUACUGGUGUAUAUGGUUAUCCGCAAGAAGAAGCAUCCAUUGUUGCCUUGAAAGCUAUAAGAGACUUUUUAGAGCAUGAUCAUAACUUGAUUGAACGUAUAAUAUUCUGUGUAUUCCUUGAUACUGACAAAGAAUACUAUGAGAAGUAUCUACCGUUAUUUUUCCCUCUUGAAUAAAAUUAAUAUCAUGUAUUGUAAAAUAUACUAACUUUUUUUACAGCAUUAAAAGUAAUCAUUUAUACAUUGUUUUAAUUCGUUUUCCUUUUUUUAUAUUAUCAAUAUUGUAGUGCAUUAAUACAGUAUGUUAAUUGUUUAACUUUAAAAGCAUUUAAAUAUAUAUCAAUCUCAUUAAAUUUGUAUUUUUUUUUUAAUUUGUAUUUAUUUUAGAAUUCUAUUUUGUUGUAAUGUAUUUCAAAAAAAAAUUCUAUUUCCUAAGCCCAUGACUGUUUAUGUUAUAAGUGUUUAAAAUUAUUACCCACUAAUACCCGGGUCACAAAAUACAAAGUUCAUACAUCUAUUACAAAUGAGUUAAUAUUGUACGUUAUAUUAAAUAUAUUCAAUAAUAAUAGAAAAAUA